ACAGAAUAAGAAAGUGGGUUGGGUUUGUAGGCUUCUGUUGUAAAUGCUAGUUUCAGUUAGCUACCUAGAUAGUCAGCAAAGAAGCUAGCCAAGGCGACUUAACUUUAAUAUUUUACAAUGUUUCAGCUUCACUUUGCACGUGGAUUACGUACUGGUAUUUCGCAAACGUUUAGUAUCCAUUUUGCUGCCCCCCGACGUGGGAGGCCUGCUUCUCACGCGUGUAGAAGGCUGCCAUUGAAGACCCAAGAGCAAUUGUAUCACACUGCCAAAAGGUCGUUUCUCAAUGAUGCUACUAACAAGGUACAGUUAGCCUCUAUACAGCGGAUGGACCGCAACUUGUCUACAUCCUCCACCUGCCACUCUGAAGAGGGGAAGCUGAUCUAUUCUGGGAGCCUCGGCAAUGCUGUUCGAGGUGUGAAGAUGUUCUCCUACACCAGUAGCGGGGCCAGCCUUUGCGUGAUGCCAUACAUCCUUCUGAAGACGGGCAUUGGUGUUCAGAGUCUGGUGCUGAAAGGUGCCUUCUGCGGUGUCAUUGGUUUCUUUACAUUCCUGACUCCCAUCCUCCUCCACAUCAUCACCAAAGGCUAUGUCGUCCGCCUGUACCACAACCAGGACACUGACACAUACACAGCUGUCACUUACAAUGUCCUACUGAUGGAGAAAAAGACUGUGUUCCGUCAGAGUGAGGUCAAGAUACCGAGUGUCAGCAAAAUGUUAACCACAUUCUAUGCCGACAAGAAGUCUAUGCUUGUGAACCCGAUGCUGUUCCCACUUCCUCAUGACUAUAACCACCUAAUGGGUUAUGAUAAGCCCUUUUCAUUUAAUACGGAAGACUUGGAUGAUAAUCCAAAUAAAAGUUAAUUGAUUUCUACAGAUAAGACAGUCUAAACUGCAGAAUGGUGUGUGUGUGUGUGUGUGUGUACAACUUAAAGUGUAGUCACAAUAGCAUAUUAAAGAGAACCAUUGAAAUGUUGGUGACUAGGAAGAGGUCAUGUACAGAUGUAGAGGAGUAUUAUGGUAAAACAAAAGUUUUGAACAACGCUAAUGGAUAAUGUCAUUGCUGGAAAAGUACAUUUCACCUGACACGACUGUGUUUAGAGUUUUUUUUGUGUUUUUUCUUCUGCUUCAAACAAUGCCUCUCUUCUGCUUCAAACAAUGCCUCUCUUCAGGAAAAACUGCCAGUUUUCUGAUAGAAAAAUGACAAAUUCCUACUUCUGGUUAUUUUGUCUAGCAGUUUGUAUAUUGCAUGAACAGGAGAACGGCAGUCAAACCAUUGAGUAUCUUCCAAUUUCAGUUGCAAUAAUUACCACGAUGUUUCAAAUCCUGGGUAUUGUUUUAAGUGUUUUGGCUGCUUAUGGACAGAGAUUGCUUUGCUUUUCAGAACGUAUCAAAGCCUGGUAUACUUGGCAUGGUAGGACAGCACUUUCCAUGUACUUAUCUAGUGUGACCAAAUAGAGAAUGUACAACAUUUUAUAACAUUUAGAUAAAUCUAGUAAGGUAAUACCAGAACUACUAGGUGUCUGGAAGUUGUUUGCUAUAUUUAAUCUGACACACUUUUACCAGAGGCAAUGUAUAAAUCUUCUGACAAUGUCACCCUGCAACAAUGGAGUGACAGUAUUUGCAGUUACCUACUCAGUGAUUUCAUGGGAGAAUUUAAGUUGAUUUAUUUUUCAAUAUACAUUGUAAUCACUUUCUAGUCUUGUUGCAUUCAGGACAGUUCAAACAGCCUUGGGCCUAACCCAUAGCUAACACACUAUCCUUUAGUUUAACUUCCAGUUGAGCCACAUUGGUUUCCAGGUGUGUGUCUGGUAUAAGAAUUGGAAGUACAUCGAAUUUUCCGAGACAGAUUACUUUUGCCGGAAUCUGAAAAUAUGUAACAUUUUCAAAGGAGGUAUGUAAUUAGAAAACUAACAUUUAUAUUGAUCCUCUAGUCCAGCUUUUAGAAAUUGUAUGCUGUUUAAUUUAACUUCUGGUGGUUGCGUGUGAGAUACUCCAUACCUCUUUGCAGAAUCCCUACAUGAUACCUUUCCCUUUAUCUCAGGGCCUAUGGUGGGUUCCCAAAAGUGAGUACUGUGGAAAACCACAUUCUAUGUAUUGUAAAAAAUAAAGUUGGGUCCAAAAUAAUUGGCACCCUUGGUAUCUCAAAGGCUGCAGGUAGCCAAGUGGUUAGAGUGUUGGACUACUAACUGGAAGGUUGCAAGAUCAAAUCCCUGAGCUGAUGAGGUAAAAAUCUGUUGUUCUGCCCCUGAAUAAGGCAGUUAACCCACUGUUCGAUGACUGACUUGCCUAGUUAAAUAAAUACAUUUAAAAGAUGAGGGAAAAAAGACUAUAAAAUAUGACAAAUAUUGAUCUAUAUUUUAUGCAACAACAACAAAAAAGUACAAUUAUAUUAUUUUAUACUAAUACAAUUGCUCAGAGAAAGAGAAAUAUUUGUUUUUUUCCCCCAAAAUAUAGGGGUCAAAAUGAUUGGCACCUCUGUUUUCAAUUCCUUUCAAUAUCAUCUUGUGAGGAUAACCGCACUGAGCCUUUUUCUAAAAUAUUUUAUGAGAUUGGACAACACAUUGGGAGUGAUCUUAGACCAUUCCUAAAAACAUUAUUUUUCCAGAUUAUGGACUGCCCUGUUUAAUUCAAACCACAGGUUUUCAAUGGGGUUCAAGUCCCGAGACUGAGAUGGCCAUUGCAAAAUGUUGAUUUGUGGUCAAUUAACCAUUUCUUUGUGAAUAUUGAUGUGUGCUUGUGGUUAUUAACUUGCUGGAAGAUCCACUUCUGGCCAAGUUUCAGACUCCUGGUUAGGUUUUUGGUAAAAAUAUUCUGGUACUGGGUAAACUUAGUGACGCUGUUGACUAGUGAUGCACCGAAAUGACAUUUUUGGCAGAUACCGAUAUCUGAUAUUUUCCUUGCCAAAAAAACAAUACUCAUAUUUAAAAUGUAGCGGCCUUUUAAGCAUUCUAGUACAGUUUAAUAGUUAACACACACACAUGGACGCAGAGGUCUAAAGCACUGCAUCUCAGUGCAAGAAGCAUCACUACAGUCCCUGGUUCGAUUGGGAGUCCCAUAGGGACUCCAUGUGUAACUCUGUGUUGUUGUCUGUGUCACACUGCUUUGCUUUAUCUUGUCCAGGUAGCAGUUGCAAAUGAGAACUUGUUCUCAACUAGCCUACCUGGUUAAAUAAAUGUGAAAUAAAAAAUAGGGAGGCGCACAAUUGGCCAAGCGACGUCUGGGUUUGGCCAGGGUAGGCCGCCAUUGUAAAUAAGAUUUUGUUCUUAACUGACUUGCCUAGUUAAAUAAAGGUUACACACACACGUCA